CUCCAAGGUCGCUAUUAUCGGAGAUCCGAAAGAAAUUUUCCUCAAAGAAUUUUCUCGCCUACCAAACGCAUCUCUCUUUCGUGGGAAUAUGUCCUCUGUUCUUUGUCAAGAGAUGGAGUCUCUCGGUCGUCAGGCUUACAGUCGCAAGGAGAAAUCUCUUGGAGUCCUAGUCGCCAAUUUCUUGAGAUUAUAUAACCGGGACGAUGAACAUUUGAUUGAGCUCAACGAUGCUGCUGGAAAAUUAGGGGUUGAGCGACGGCGUAUAUACGAUGUGGUCAAUAUAUUGGAGAGCAUUGGGCUUGUGGCAAGAAAGGGGAAGAAUCAGUACUCGUGGAAAGGUUUUGUAGAAGUUCCUCAGUCUCUGAAUGAGCUCAAGGAAGAAGGGUUAAAAGAGAAUUUUGGUACUUCCAGUGUUAGCAACACAGAGAAGGUCUCAUACGAUGAUGAAAGAGAAGGACUUUUCAGUUUGACUUCGGAUGAGCAGGAAAACUCAUCAUCCUCUAAACUCGAUAGCAAGAAGGAGAAAUCUCUCUGGCUUCUAGCACAGAACUUUGUGAAGCUUUUCCUUUGUUCUGAUGUCGAUCUGAUCACACUUGAUAGCGCUGCAAAAGCACUGCUGAGCGAAUCUCAGGAUCCAGUCAACAUGAGAACUAAAGUUAGGCGGCUUUAUGACAUUGCAAACGUCUUUUCUUCCAUGAAUUUAAUCGAGAAGACUCAUAUCCCAGAGACAAGGAAACCAGCGUAUAGGUGGCUGGGGUGGAAAGGUAUGUCUCAAAACCGAUCCCUGGUCGACCUUAACGAGCCUAAGAAGAGGAGGAUAUUUGGGAUGGAGAUCACAAAUUUAUGUUCAAAGAGAAACAAAGCAGAGUUUACUACGAAUCAGAAGCCAAAUGGAAAGGAAAACGCAAUCAAGGGGAAGAAUCAGGAAAGAAUCUACAAGAUGGACCCACAACGAUAUUCGAAACCAAACCAGAAUAAGAGCUUUGUCUACGGUCCAUUCACCCCCACAAGCGUAUCUCGGAUAAACGAUGUAGGAAACAAUGACACCCAAACUCCAAGGCUUCAAGAUCUGGAAAACCUUGCUUCUACCCACAGACCACAAUACUGUAAUCAAGCUUUGACCGGUCUUCUUGGGCAUUACACAGAGGCAUGGAAGUCAUGGUAUUCAGAAUUCUCUCACAAAUGAUCAAAGCAUCCAUUCUCCUUUCUCACCCGCCUUUCAUGAUACCAAAAUUAGUGUUCUCCUCUUCCUUUUUUUUUUCUUUUUCUUUUUCUUUUUGUGCUCCUAUUACCUUCGGAUGUAUCUACUUGAUUCUCCAUAAGUACAUAACUGGCAAUGCUUAUUCUUUGAAAGGGAAGAAAAAGGGCAUCUGGUCAUUUCAUUUC